UUUAGAACUUCAAAUGUUUGAAUUAAAAUUAAAAUUAGGUUGAGAUGUUAUUUGAGAUGAAUAAUUUCAUUUUCAUUUGCUGCAUUCCAGUUACUUGCAUGUCUGAUAAACAUUUAUCAAAAGUUCAAAGUCCAAAGUCCAACAAAACUUAACUUAACUUAUUCAAUCUAAAAGAACCAGUUCACAGAGUUGUUGUUUUUAUUUUUAUGGUUUUUGUGUGUUCAAUUUGUUUUGGAACAAAUACCCAUGAGUUUGGUUAUUUGUCCAAAUACUUUACACACAGUAAACAUUUAACUUUUGAUGAGGUUUGUAAUUUUUACAGUAACUAAUGCUUAGUACUGUACCUAUUUAUAAAAUAAAAGUUAUACAGCAAAAAUGGAUGUAAUUAUUAAAGUUAAUAACCAAUCAAAUGGAAGAGACAAAAUUGCAAGAUUAUGUCAGUACACCAGUCGGUUAAUAUGGCAUCAACUUCAAUCAAGAAAUGCAAACAAAUACUCAAUAGAUAGAAUCAAGAGUUUAGAAAAUGCUUUGAGCUCAUUUCGAAAAGUUCUUCGAAUGGGUAGAUGCAUAGACAUUGUUUAUAUGGCCCUCAACACUAUGAACAUAGAAGACCCAAUCUUAAGAGUAUCAUUGACAGUGAGCAAGUUGGCUCAUGCACUGUACUUGUAUGCUGAUCACAUCGUUUGGCUCACAAAAAGUGGAUUUUUCAAAACCGAUUCUGAUAACUGGAACAAAACAGCAAAUAGAUUUUGGUUGGUUUCAAUUAUUGCCAACUUAGCGAGAGAUUUUUACGAAAUAAUACACAUCUUGGAGUUAAAUAGAUCUGUGUUGCUUAAGCCAUCCGAUUUAUUAGGUGGUUCAAUUAAAAAUUUCAAUUUACACGCAAGUAUCAGGCAUACGUGCGCAAUUGUUAAUUGCCAUAAGGAUGUCUUCAUAGAUACACUCAAAAAUUCCUGUGACCUUUUCAUUCCUCUCACAGCUUUAGGAUUUACAAGAUUAAGUCCUAGUGCAGUUGGUGCAUUAGGUGCUGUUUCUUCCAUUGCUGCCAUAGUGACACUAAUUAAACCUAUUACAAAGUUAGUCCCAGCCUAGCCUAAUGCAAAAUUAUUAAGUCUGAUAAUAUAAAACUUAGUGUGGAUAUAAGUAAUAGUAAAAUGUGGCUGUUGGUAUUAUCAUUAUGGUAAUAUGUGUUUAUUGCUUCUUUAUCUUUAUAGGUGAUGGUAUAUGGAUGGUUGUUAUUGUUUACUUUCUAAAGUAUUAUAUUUGUAUAAUAAUGUGCAGUUUUGAUCAAGAAUUAUGAAAAUGAUCCUGAAUUAUCUAUGCAUAUAAGCAUGCAAAACUCUUGCAAACAAAAUUUGCUAUAAAUUAUAUAAAUCAACUGCAUGAACUAAGUAAAUCUUAGUGUAUGCGGUUCAUGUAGGUAAUUUCUAUCAAAAAAAAUUAGUGGAUAUAUUGGCUUAAUAGAGAUAAGUAAACUCAACUUAAUAUAUAUGCUUUUUUUAUUAUUGUCUCAAAUGAACCAUAUUCCCAUUUUUUUUGAAGCCAACAAUAAGUUUAUUUCGGCACUAUUUUCAGUAAUUUAAUGAAAAUGUAUGAAUAUUCAAAUGAAUAAAAAUGUCUCCAAAACAACUGGGGUCACGUGACUAAUAAGUCUUUAAAAAUGUAAAAAUUAUAAAUAACUGAAGUGUGGCUUGUUAAAAUCUACUUGUUAUUCUGAGGGUUUCUCUAUUCACGAGAAACAGUGGUUUAAAAACUAUGUAUGUAUAUAUGAGGAAUAUUCUCAAAAUAUUUGAAGUACGUUCCGAAAAUCUGAAAGACCCUACUUUGUCACGAUUAUGAUCUUUAAGUCUCCAGUGAUAAAGUACGUUCUAACAACGCAAUAACACUUUCUGUAAACAGAGAGUCAACCAUUAAAUAACAUUUGUGAUCCCAUGUACUUGCACUUAAAAAGUUAGUUUUCUUGUUUUGUGAAAUAAAUAAUAUUUUUUAAGGAUUACAAAUGUGUGUAAAUACCCAGUGUGUUAGGUCACUAAUAUAAUUUUGUAAUAAGACAUCUUUAAGUUUUACUCACAACUGUACAAUACUAUUAUUUACUAAUUAAUGUUUUUUUUUUAUGAUAAGUGA